CGGAGUAAAAGCUCUUGACCCGCACAUUAUUCUUUCCAAAAAACCAGGGGGAAGAGCAGAGAAGUAAGCUGAAAUCUCACAAGUAAUGCACCAAAAAUCGGAUCCUUCUUCUUCAUCUUCUUCUCCAUUUCUGAAAAAUUUGGGAACAGAAAAAUUAGUUUUAGCUUUGUCAGAUCCACCUAACCCUACCUUUCCCGGAAGCGUCCUUGAAAUUUCCCAAGGCUUGUUGCAAUUUCCCCAUUGUUUCCUUUUGAAGGCUAUAUUUGUAUGAGGCUAAGGUGAGAGUGCAAGAAGGUGGUGGUGAUGAUGGAGAGCUAUUUGAAUGAGAAUUUUGGGGAAGUGAAGCCGAAGCACUCUUCAGAGGAGGUGCUUCAGAGAUGGAGGAACCUGUGUGGAAUUGUGAAGAACCCGAAGCGACGGUUUCGCUUCACUGCCAAUCUAUCCAAGCGCUACGAAGCUGCUGCUAUGCGCCGUACCAAUCAGGAGAAGUUAAGGAUUGCUGUUUUGGUUUCCAAAGCUGCAUUACAGUUCAUCCAAGGGGUGCAACCUAGUGACUACACUGUACCUGAGGAAGCUAAAGCUGCAGGUUUUCAGAUUUGUGCUGAUGAACUGGGAUCUAUUGUUGAAGGUCAUGAUCUAAAGAAGCUGAAAUUUCAUGGUGGAGUAGCAGGUAUUGCAGAAAAGCUCUCCACAUCAACCAACGAUGGGCUCACGACUGAUGGCGAUUUAUUGGAUCGCAGAAAAGACUUAUAUGGAAUUAAUAAAUUUACUGAGAGCGUAGGACGGAGUUUUUGGGUAUUUGUUUGGGAAGCCCUUCAGGACAUGACUCUUAUGAUCCUUGGAGUUUGUGCUUUUGUGUCUUUGAUCGUUGGAAUUACUAUGGAAGGAUGGCCAAAAGGGGCCCAUGAUGGCCUUGGAAUCGUUGCAAGCAUCUUGUUGGUUGUCUUUGUCACGGCAACAAGUGAUUAUCGUCAAUCUUUACAGUUCAAGGAUUUGGACAAGGAAAAAAAGAAGAUUGCUAUCCAGGUUACAAGAAAUGGAUACAGGCAGAAAAUGUCGAUAUAUGAUUUACUUCCCGGUGAUAUUGUACAUCUUGCUAUUGGGGACCAAGUCCCUGCAGAUGGACUUUUUGUUUCAGGAUUUUCUGUGCUAAUUGAUGAAUCAAGUUUGACUGGGGAGAGUGAGCCCAUAAUGGCGAGUGCUGAAAAUCCUUUUCUUCUCUCUGGAACUAAGGUUCAAGAUGGAUCAUGCAAGAUGCUGGUUACCACUGUUGGGAUGAGGACCCAAUGGGGUAAACUGAUGGCAACUCUUAGUGAAGGCGGAGAUGAUGAAACCCCAUUGCAGGUGAAAUUGAAUGGAGUGGCAACUAUUAUAGGUAAGAUAGGCCUUUUCUUUGCUGUUGUGACCUUUGCAGUUUUAGUGCAAGGAUUGCUGAACCGUAAAUGGCAAGAGGGAACUCACUGGAGCUGGUCAGGAGAUGAUGCAUUGGAGAUGUUGGAAUUUUUUGCCAUUUCAGUUACAAUUGUCGUUGUCGCUGUUCCAGAGGGGCUGCCAUUGGCUGUAACACUGAGCCUUGCCUUUGCCAUGAAGAAAAUGAUGAAUGAUAAAGCACUUGUGCGCAAUUUGGCAGCUUGUGAGACUAUGGGAUCAGCCACGUGUAUUUGUAGUGACAAAACUGGGACUCUAACUACCAACCACAUGACUGUUGUAAAAUCAUGCUUUUGCAUGAACGUCAAGGAAGUGAGCAAACCCAAUGACGCUUCUAGCUUGUGCUCUGAACUGCCAGACUCGGCUGUGAAACUUAUGCUACAAUCAAUAUUUAAUAACACUGGGGGAGAAGUUGUUGUUAACAAAGAUGGCAGAUAUGAGAUACUGGGAACACCCACUGAUACUGCUUUAUUGGAGUUUGGCUUGUCACUUGGUGGGGAUUUUCAGGCUGAGCGGCAAGCAUCUAAACUUGUUAAAGUUGAGCCAUUCAACUCUGUGAAGAAACGGAUGGGGGUAGUGUUGGAGCUUCCUGAAGGAGGUUUACGAGCUCAUUGUAAAGGUGCUUCGGAGAUAAUUUUGGCUGCCUGUGACAAGGUGGUCAAUGCCAAUGGCGAUGUUGUUCCCCUUGAUGAAGCAUCUGUUAACCAUCUUCAGGUUACAAUUGAUCAAUUUGCUUGUGAAGCUCUUCGAACUCUCUGUCUCGCUUAUAUGGAACUGGAAAAAGGGUUCUCUGCAGAGAAUCCUAUCCCUGUUUCUGGGUAUACCUGCAUAGGAGUGGUGGGAAUUAAAGAUCCGGUACGUCCUGGUGUAAAGGAAUCUGUUGCAGUUUGCCGUUCAGCUGGGAUUACUGUAAGAAUGGUUACAGGAGACAAUAUUAAUACUGCAAAGGCUAUAGCUAGGGAAUGUGGAAUUCUAACAGAUGACGGUAUAGCCAUUGAAGGUCCAAACUUCCGAGAGAAGAGUCAAGAAGAAAUGCUUGAAAUAAUUCCUAAACUUCAGGUUAUGGCUCGAUCUUCACCUCUAGACAAGCAUACUUUGGUGAAGCACUUGCGUACUUCAUUGGGUGAGGUUGUUGCUGUGACCGGUGAUGGAACAAAUGAUGCCCCGGCACUUCAUGAAGCAGAUAUUGGACUAGCAAUGGGCAUUGCAGGAACUGAGGUGGCUAAAGAGAGUGCUGAUGUCAUAAUACUGGAUGAUAAUUUCUCAACAAUUGUGACAGUGGCUAAAUGGGGACGUUCAGUUUACAUAAAUAUACAAAAAUUCGUACAGUUUCAGCUGACAGUUAACGUGGUUGCAUUAAUUGUCAACUUCUCUUCAGCUUGUCUGACAGGGAAUGCACCCCUCACAGCUGUUCAGCUAUUGUGGGUCAACAUGAUCAUGGAUACACUGGGAGCACUUGCACUUGCAACUGAGCCUCCAAAUGAUGAUUUAAUGAAGCGUUCCCCCGUUGGAAGGAAAGGAAACUUCAUCAGUAAUGUCAUGUGGAGGAAUAUCUUAGGGCAAUCUGUGUAUCAAUUUGUGGUAAUAUGGUUGCUUCAGACAAGAGGGAAAGCACUAUUUCGUCUUGAAGGCCCAGAUUCUGAUCUGAUCCUAAACACCCUUAUUUUCAACUCAUUUGUCUUUUGCCAGGUUUUUAAUGAGAUAAGCUCACGCGAAAUGGAGGAAAUAAACGUUUUCAAAGGCAUACUGGAUAACUAUGUUUUUGUGUGCGUUCUCAGUUGCACUGCUUUCUUCCAAAUCAUAAUCGUAGAGUUCCUGGGAACAUUUGCAAACACAUCGCCUCUCACUUUGUCACAGUGGUUCGUUAGUGUAGUCGUUGGAUUUUUGGGUAUGCCAAUUGCUGCUGGCUUAAAGAUGAUCCCUGUAUGAGCCACAUGGGUCAAAGCCCAAGUCAUCAAAUUUGUCGGCAGAAGAAGUAUUCUCACGUAAAACUACAUCGGCUGGUGUGAAAAUUUAGUGUGAAACAUUGGCUGUGUGAAAAUUUAAUGUGAAGAAAAGCAUUACUCCUGUAGAUAUCUUGGUGUGACCUACCUUUUAUUCUCAGCUUUUAUUUGGCUUGUUAGCCAAGAACUGAUUUUCUAAGGUCCCGUUGUAAUAGCUAGAAUUCCUUCAUCUACUCCGGUAGUAAACGUGAAUAAGGUUAAUUAUUUUAUACCAGACAUUUUUAAGUUCCA